UUCUAACCAUUUGGCUUUGGGUUCUCACUCUCAACCUCUACACGGCCAUUUUGCUUUGUUGAGUCUCAAGAUGACGCGCUUUUCUGCUGAAAUGGGUUGUGGACUGAACAAGUUGGAGAAACGUGAUGAGAAACGGCCUGGGAAUAUUUAUUCAACUUUGAAGAGGCCUCAGGUAGAAACAAAGGUAGACGUGGCCUAUGAAUACCGCUUCCUGGAGUUCACAACGCUGAGUGCCGCGGAGCUCCCGCGGUCCUCAGCGGUGAGGCUGGCCUCCCUGCGGGACUUGCCUGCCCAACUGCAGGAGCUGUACCAGCAGGGCUUCUCCCUGGCCACCCUGCACCCCUUCGUGCAGCCCACUCACAAGCUGGAGAAGAUGCCCCUCGAGCACAUCUUCAGGGCCAUCCUGGUGAAGAAGACUGACAGAUCUCAGAAAACUGAUCCUCACAAUGAAGGCUAUGUCUUGGAAUUAGAUUGCUCCUCUUCCUUAGAACAACUGACAGACCAAAAAAUCAUCCCAGAGUUCAUUAAGAAGGUCCAGGAGGCCGCUAGUCGGGGCCUGAAGUUUGUCGGCGUUAUACCUCAGUACCAUUACCCUGUGACCUUGGUGGGCAGCAGCUCCCUGGCAUCCCCUGCCAACAGUGCUACAGACACAAGAGAUGUGAAAAAUGCACAUGGGGAUCACACAUCGUUGGAGAACGAGGGCCCAGGGGCUGUGGAUGUGAGCAUUGCCUCCACAGGGAUGGACCAAAUCCUGGAGCCCAGUCCAGACCCCACUGGGGAGGUUUCUCUCACUGAGCAACCCAGCUCACCCUCAGGAAAGAGUGAGGGUAGAGAAGCCUCCUCAAGGGAGGUGAGCCCAACCCUCAAAGCACCGGAUGGUGACCUGUUGGAUGUACAUGAAGAACCGUGCUCGGGAAAAAUGGAGAUCUUCGCACUCUUCAACAAACCGAAGAACCAUCAGAAGUGCCGGCAGUACUACCCUGUCACCAUUCCUCUCCGCAUCUCCAGGAAUGGUCAGACAGUGAGCAGUCUGGAUGCCAACUGGUUGGAGCACAUGAGUGACCACUUCCGGAAAGGAGGAAUGCUGGUGAAUGCAGUCUUCCACCUGGGAAUGGCACAUGAUUCCUUACAUGGCUUGACAGAUGGAGUAUUCAUCUUUGAAGCUGUUUCCACAGAAGAUAGCAAAACCGUGCAGGGCUAUGAUGCUAUUGUUGUCGAACAAUGGACAGUCCUGGAAGGGGUGGAGGUACAGACGGACUAUGUGCCUCUGCUGAACUCUCUAGCGGCCUAUGGCUGGCAACUUACCUGUGUGCUGCCGACGCCUGUCGUCAAGACUACAAGGGAAGGGAGUGUCUCCACCAAGCAGAUUGUCUUUCUUCAGAGACCUUGUCUACCUCAGAAAAUCAAGAAGAAGGAAUCAAAGUUCCACUGGCGAUUCUCCCGAGAGGAAAUGCACAGCAGGCAGAUGAGGAAAUCCAAAGGUAAACUCAGAGACAAACGACAAGUCGAAGAAAAUGAGAAGAAUUUAGAAGACCAGUUUUCCAAAGAUGGAGAUGUGGGAAACUGUGUGCUGGGCAGGCAGCAGGAGGGCAGAGGCUCCGAGAGGAGAGUCCCUGUGGAAGAGGGCAGGGAAGAAAAGCUGUCCCUUGGCAGCCCGCCAGCUGGCAAGGCCCUGGAGGGUGGGGCUGUGCAGAACGGACCUGCUGUGUACAGCAGGGCGCCCUCAGCCCCGAGGCACUCCGAUCCUGGAGAGGAUGCCAGGAAUGUGGGUGCAGAGGAAGUUGAUGGAGAACCCACUCCGACACCAGAAAAUUGAGUUUGCGCGGCAGCUAGACAAGUGGGCAAACCCAAGGCACCCUGCCAGCAGCUGGUUUGCCCUGGUGUUGUGUUACCCUUUGGCUUGGCUUCACUGCUCCUUCUGAGCUCACGUGGGCCCUCCUAGGGCCAGUUCCUGACAGUGUUGGUUUCUGCACAUCCAUUUGCAAGGUGUGGUAAUGACCCUGUGUUAGAAUGCAAGGCCAGGGUACCUCUUUUAGACCUUAGGGCUGGAGGCCCAGCCCUGGCUCUACCCCACUCCUCUGAAGAGAGGAUCUGGACCAUCCAGUGCCUGAUAAUGUCCCACAGGACAUCCAUGGUGCAUCUGGGUCAAAUCCCUGGCUACCAACAAAGCUAUUGUUCCCUCGUACACUCUGCCAGGGCAGUGUCGCUUUGUGCAGCAUUUGGUGACUUUAAACCACCCCUGGAGCCCUAUCAGCUGCCCUUCUCCACCUAAACCCUGCUGCUUUGCAAAGAAGUGACGCUGGGGAGGGGAGGUGCCCAGCCUCCUGGCUUUUCUCAAAGUAGUCCUGUAGAUACCGGUAAUCUGGAAAUGAAGAGGUUAAUUCUGUGUGUACCUGCUCUUGCAGAAUGUUCAGGAAGAUAUUCUCUGUUAGUAUUAAUGCCAAAAAAAAUUUUUAAAAAGGUUUUGUAUUCAGCACAUCCUAUGAAUACAUGUUAUUUCUGUCAUUUCAGGGCCGUGGGCUGGUUGGGUGCCCGUGUUGUGUGCUAUUUUAAUCAGUGUAUCAUUGGCCAAGUUGUUACCCAUGUAUGCUGUGUCUGUCACGUGUUUAUAUUGUCCAGAAAGUAUUGUUAAAGCUUUAAGUAGACGCAUCUGGCAAACCUUGGAGAGAGAAUGCCAAUUGUCUUGACUGAAACAACAGCUCGCCUCUUCUCUGUUCAGUUACUUAAAGCAAUAAAUCAUCUGAGUUUAUUGCCUUA